GAAGCCACUGUAAAUUGCUGGAGCAAAUAGGUCAUGCAAACUCACAUGCAAACGCAUUGGAUUACUAUUUGGUUUCAAUUGCAGCCGCUGUCCGGUGAGUCAACCCUCCCAUGAGGAGCCCUCCCCUCGCUGGGGUUCGGGUUCGGAAGGCGAGAAGCUGCCUCAGCCAAACAUGAAAAAUGACCGCGCGCGCACCAUGCACGACUGGGACAGCAGCAGCACCGUUAGCUGAAAGAAAUUUUGUAUACUGUCAUCAAACCACGAGGUAUGACAACCACCGUGAACUCAUCGGAUGCACGCUGGAUCGAGAUUAGAACCAGUUGACAGGAUGAGCUGAAAUAUCAAAGAGGUGCCAAGGGCAACAAUCUCCCCCGACCUCUGUGGAAACGAUCCUUUCCUCGCACUCUCCCGGUCGUCUGGCGGAGGUCCAUGAAGAAUGUGAGCGUGCGCGUAUCUCUCCGAACGCGCUGGAUGAAGCCCUCGGCAUUGUCAUGCGUCUUGCCCCGCAGCCAAGUGCGCAAACCCCGCGGCUUCUCCUCGUCGCGCUCCUGCUUUCCACGCGGGGUCUCGCCUCCCAGCUGCUGUCGUCGGGCUGCCCGGAGCGGUGCGUGUGUGACGAGCAGCUGGUGGUCCAAUGCGCCGGCCAGCACCUGACCAGCUUCCCCGCGGACUUGCCACUGGCCACCCGGCAGCUCAUCAUCUCCAACAACCUCAUCGCGGAACUGCCUGCGCUCGCGCUCAACUACCUCUCAGAUCUGGUCUACCUGGACUGCAGCAACAAUACCUUGACGGAGAUCUCCCAGUCCACAUUUGGGAAUCUUAGGAAGCUGGCAUAUCUUGACCUCUCCUUCAACAUCCUUACCAGGAUCGAGGACAGGACCUUCGCUCCCCUGGACAGUUUGGUCAUGUUGAGGAUGACGGACAAUCCGUUCCUGUCUGAGAUCCACCAAGACGCCUUUGUGGAAAACCUGGCCCUUCAGGUUCUCGACGUGAGCCGGAACAACUUGACGGUGCUCAACAUCAGCUCCUUGAUCGCAUUGCCAGCCUUGCGUUCGCUGGGCCUGAGUGGGAACCCCUGGAGCUGUGAGUGCGGGAGCGAGGAGCUCUGUCUGUGGGUCCACUUGGAGGGCUUCAAGUUUCAAGAUGAGGGCCAGACUGUUUGCGGUUCUCCAGAUGACCUCCAGGGCCGUCGUCUUGGUGAGGCGGGAGUCCAACUCCGGACAUUGUGCCACCACACCCUAGGUUCCUGGGACUAUCUUUUCUUCGUCAUCAUCGGUUUUGUCAUCUUUGCUGCGGGCACCGUGUUGGCCUGGGUCAUGGGGGUCAUCAUGGUGCUUUAUGAGCGCUAUAUCAAGAAAAAAGACGAACAGUUGGAACUAGAUGAGGAAGAGGAAUUGGCCACAGAGUCGGGGCGGACCUCACGGGCCAGGGGCGAACAGGAAAACGCUUUAUUAAAACACACGGUUUAGGACGCCGAUCUCAACUUUCUAGUAGUGCCUCCUGACUGUUUCCGGGACCUCCUGGAUGCCCUUCUGCAUGGAACUCAUAUCAGAGAGGAGGAACCAAAUCCACUGUGGAGGUUACUUGUUUUGUUUUGUUUGAUCAAAUGGUCAGUCAGGUUCACUGUGAAGACUGAGUCUUGCUAAUGUGAUCAUAAGCAAUUGUUUAAUAUUAGUCAAGGUUAAAGCUUUAAAUUUAAUUUUCUGACAUUGACAACCCUGGUUAGAACAUUGAUAACUCAUAACCUGAGUGAUUGAUGGCCCACUACCUCGCAAACACUGCCAGAUGUAACGGUACAGAAGCCAAUUGCACCAUAGGGCUAACCAUGGGAUUGAACUGUAACUCUUUGUACUGUUUCUAGGUCACUAAAUGUACAACUAAGCUUUCAAAGUAAGUAAAGCAAGAGGCAACACCUAGUAUGUGAAAGAUAGUUGCUCAAAGUAUUUAAGUACAGUGGGGCAAAUUAGUAUUUAGUCAACCACUAAUUGUGCAAGUUCUCCCACUUGAAAAUAUUAGAGAGGCCUGUAAUUGUCAACAUGGAACCAUGAAAGACACAAUGUGGAG